UGUUCAUAAAAAACAUUCAGAUCUGAAUGAACAAAACCCCUUUAUUAAUUUGGAAUAGAAAGAACAACGAAAGCGGUACAUAAUUUGCAAAUAAGAAACUCCUACAAUAUUUUUGGCACAGAGAAUAAAAAUAUUAGUUUUCUGACCACUUUUAUGAAUGAUAAUGUUUAGUAAUAAACAUUUUCUGUACUAAACUAAAGCCCUACCUAUUUGGUGGUCAAAAAUAAACACAAUGCUAAAACUGAGUGACUUUCAAACUGUUUGUCCCGACAGUUUGAGUGCAACUAUUGGUUAUCAAAUUUACACCGAUUUAAAAAAUGAUCCCCAAAACGUGGACCUAGAGCCAAGCUAUGAUAAAAGCCUCAAACUCUUUUGUUUGAAACAAGAAAACCGGGUUUACAUACCUGUAUUACACACAAAACUAAUAAAUUUUAGACAGUUGCAACAAUUUAAAGAAAAAUGUGGCAGCAAUGCCAAUAUAUUCCUAGCCAUAAUUGACAAUACCGCAAAUAUAUUAUACUAUGAGCUGAAUCAAGGAUUUUGUGAAAAGCCAAAAUAAAUAAAAGUCCAUUUUAUUAA